AUGACAGUAAGAGAGGAAAGAGAGGCUCGGGUGGACAUUCAGCAAAUGAUACAAUCCGCUAACGAGCUUUUGGAUUCCGCAGGUCUUCCCGAGCAACCGCUGCAGCAAGAAAUGAUGGAGGCUGGGCAAAACAAUGAGCCCGAAAACAGCGACAGCGAAAGCGAUGAUUCCAGUCUUCAAAACAGCUCUUCCGACGAAUACGUCGAAGGGGAUAUUUCUUUAGACGACAUCAUGCCUGCAGCUUUGGCGAGGAGAAUAAGACGGCACGACGAAGAACGAGAAGUGCCAGAACGGAUCAAUGUCCGAGAAGCGGAACUGAAAAAGGAGUGGAUGCGAAAACUUGAGACUUUUCCGAUGAGAUAUAAGGCCGAAGAAGCAAUAAAAAAGUCUUUUCCUGAAGAAUCACCCUUGAAGAAAUUGUUCACUCUUCCGAGCGCCCUUCGUUCUCGUUGCGCAAAACGCCCACGAACCGGGUCUUUUCAAAACAGAGUUUACCUCGAUGCGGCUUAUAAAUUCUCCGAUACCUGCAUGACGGAACUAACUGGACAUACUGGCUGUGUGAAUGCGCUUGGUUGGUCUGGUGAUGAUCAGUUUAUCGUCUCCGGUUCAGACGACAAGUGUAUUAACUUAUACAAAGCGAUGGGGAAAGAAAAGAAACCGCAGUUCAGAUUCUACACAGGUCAUCAAAGCAAUAUCUUCCAGUCAAAGUUCAUUCCCUACCAAACUAAUAGAAAGAUCGUGAGCUGCUCGCGAGAUGGAGCAGUUCGACUUACAGAGCUGGAUAACGGUGGAUGCCCAGUUCGCCUGUCCGAGGAAGAGCCAACAAAACUACUUGUGAAGCAUCGUCUUUCUGCGCAUAAGUUGGCGUUUGUCCAUGGAACCAGUGUCAUCCUAUCAGCGGGAGAAGAUGGCCGAAUUUAUCAGAUAGAUCACCGAGAACCGCCCAAAAAUCCUAUUAUUCGUCUAGAUGAUAAAGUUAUGUACGCGAUCGACUGCCAGCCAAACGGAUACGAAUUCGCCGUUUGUGGCGACUUCGCACACGCCAAAAUCUUUGACCGCCGAUAUCUGACGUCUGAAAUGACGCUCGGCAGUUCAGAAAACAACGCUCAUUCAAUCACUUGCCUUCGAUAUAAUCACACUGGUACAGAGCUCUUGUUGAGCUACCAAAACGGCGAGAUUCAUCUGAUGAACAUCAAUGAGAAAAAAGUGAUCAAUACUUUUACCGGACAUCAGAAUGAGCAGACAAUUAAAGGGGUUAACUUCUAUGGCAAGAACUGUGAAUACGUCAUUUCUGGCUCUGAUUGUGGCCGCUUUUACAUUUGGGACUCAAAGACGGGCGCACUGGUCAAUUCUCAAUUUGCGGAUGGAACGGAACUCUCACCAGGAGUAGUUAAUGUCCUAGAGCCAGCGAAAUCGAUCCCAAUGCUUGCCACAUCCGGUCUUGAUUCGGAAGUGAAGCUGUGGACUCCUUCCGAUGACGUGUUCCUUGAAGACGAGGAUCGGGUAUCUGAAACGAAAGAUCAAAUGACAGAAAACAUCAAUUCAGGCCGCGCAAGUCGCCGCGCCCGAUUUUCUUUUCUUGAUCGACUGCGUCUUCUCGAAUACAUGGCGAGACGAGAGCGAGCUGCCGAUGACAGUUCCGACAGUGAUGAAGAUACUGACGACGACGAAGAAGAGGGUGACCGAGGUUGUCGCCAAAUGUAA